AUGUUCACCAAGCAGAGUCUCCUGGCCUUUGUUGGCUCCCUGGCCAUGGCUGCGGCCGCCACCAGCUCCGUCGAGUACCCUACCCAGGCGGAGAUUGAGGCUGCCCAGGCUUCGGUCCUGCCCUACUCGCCGGUUUCCAAUGUCAAGGGCCUUGCGUUCAACCGCUUCGUCAACAUCUGGAUCGAGAACACCGAUUUCGACACCACUGCGGCGGACAAGAACUUUGAGAAGCUGGCCAAGGAGGGCAUUCUGCUGACCAACUAUUUCGCGGUCACUCACCCCUCCGAGCCGAACUACGCCGCCUCGGCUGCUGGUGACAACUUCGGCAUGGACAAUGAUGAUUUCUGGCAGAUUCCGGCCAAUGUCUCCACCAUUGCCGACCUCUUCGAUACCAAGGGUAUUGCUUGGGGCGAGUAUCAGGAGGACCUGCCCUAUGCCGGUUACCAGGGUUAUCGUUACCCCGAGUCUGGCGCCAACGAGUACGUUCGCAAGCACAACCCGUUGAUUUUGUUCGACUCUGUCACCAAUGAUGCCGUCCGUCCUCGCCAGAUCAAGAACUUUACUACCUUCUACGAGGACCUGGAGCACCACCGUCUGCCUCAGCACAUGUUUAUCACCCCCAACAUGACCAACGAUGCCCACGACUCUGAUAUCACUGUCGCUGGCGACUUCCUCAACCGUUUCAUGACCCCUCUGCUCAAGAAUGAGUAUUUCAUGAAGGACACCCUCAUCCUGAUCACCUUUGACGAGACUGCCACCUACCUCCAGGAGAACCGCGUUUACUCCAUCCUCCUUGGCGGUGCCGUGCCCGAGCACAAGAAGGGUACUAAGGACGACACCUUCUACACCCACUACUCGGUGAUCGCCUCCCUGAGCGCCAACUGGGGCCUGCCCUCCCUCGGCCGCUGGGACUGCGGAGCCAACCAGCUUGAGCUGGUUGCUGACAAGACUGACUACGUCAAUUGGAACGUCGACAUCGCCACCAUCGAGGAGAACGACUACUUUAACCAGACCUACCCCGGCCCCCUGUCCGACAAUAUCUACUCCGAGUAUAGCUCUGAGUGGCCCAUUCCCGCCACCUCCGGUAGCUGCAGCGCUGGUCACGGCAUCGUUGACGUCGUCAAGAAGACCUACCACGGCAAGAAGGCUACCUACGAGUACACCAGCCCGAUUCCCUUCAGCAAGGCUGCUGGCAUCAACGUCGGUGUUAAGUAUAGCCGUACCCUCAAGAACGGCAAGAAGGAGCACGGUAUUACCGAGUAA